AUGUGUCCAUCCUCCUCCCCAUACUCCUCUCCUUGCUUCCUCAUUCCAAAGGCUGACCCUACCGCUCUCUCUCACUGGGUCAACGACUACCGUAUCCUCAAUGCCAAUACCAUCCCUGACGUCCAUCCCCUCCCUAGCAUCCAAGAAAUCCUGUCUGACUGCGGCCGCGGAAAGAUUUGGGGUAAGCUUGACAUGACUAACUCUUUUUUCCAGACCCGCGUCCAUCCGGAUGAUGUCCUGUACACUGCAGUAGUGACCCCAUUUGGUCUCUAUAAGUGGACGGUCAUGCCCCAAGGUUGUCGGAAUGCACCAGCAACACACCAAUGUCGUAUGUUCACUGCCCUUCGCCCUUAUAUCGGCUUGAUUUGUCAUGUGUAUCUCGAUGAUAUUAUUAUCUGGUCGAACUCUUUGGACGAACACCACUGCAAUGUUAAAACUAUCCUGUCCGUGUUGUGCUCACAUCAUCUCUACUUCUCACGGAAGAAGACUGACCUUUUCUGCCUAGAACUAUGCUUUCUCGGUCACCACAUCUCUCAUGCUGGUGUGGAAGCGGAUGACUCUAAAGUCGACAAAAUCCUAUCUUGGCCUGUUCCUUCUUCUGCUUCUGAUGUCCGCUCCUUUCUGGGUCUCAUCAAAUACAUCUCUAACUUCUUGCCUGCCCUCUCACAAUUCACAUGUAUCCUUAACACGCUCACCACAAAGGAAGCCGAACACAACUUCCAUUGGUCUUCGACACACCAAGAUGCGUUCACCGCGAUCAAGUCACUCGUCGUCAGCCGUGAACGCCUUAUGGUCAUUGACCAUCAGAACAUGGGUGACAACAAGAUUUUUGUUUGCUCUGAUGCGAGUGAUUGGUGCACCGGUGCCAUCCCCUCAUUUGGCCCCACCCUGGAAUCUGCUUGUCCUGUCGCCUUUGACUCCAUGCAAUUGAAAGGCCCCGAACUCAACUACCCUGUCCACGAGAAGGAGCUCCUCACCAUCGUGCAUGCUCUCAAGAAGUGGCAUGUGAAUUUGAUUGGUGUGCCUUUCAGUGUAUACACUGACCAUCACACUCUCAAGAAUUUUACCUUCCAGAAGAACCUAUCUUGGCACCAGGCACGAUGGCAGGAGUUCCUCACUCAAUACAAUUUCAACAUCGUUUACCUCCACAGUGAAGAUAACACAGUAGCUGACUCUCACUCCCGGCUCCCACCUCCCCUUGCCCCGCUUGCCCCUGAACUCACCCCGAUUCACCCUGCGACAAUUGCAUCCCUCCCCCUCUUUUGGUGUGCUGCUCGUGGUCUGAGUUCCAUCCAGGUGCCCCCACUCAUCCCUCCUUGUGACAUCUUCACACAUGUGGCAACAACGCAUCUAUGUGUGGCAACUGACCCCGACUGGCUCACACGGAUCCGUACUGGAUAUCGCGAGGAUAAGUGGUGCUCACACCUGCUCCGUGACCUCGCACACACUGUUACAAAGCUCCUCUCUGAGGAACGCGCAGACGACUUCCACCUCUACCUUUACCGAUCAUAUGACAAUGACAUCACAGUGCCUAGACUGACCAUGUGA